AUGCUGCAGCAGCUGCUGCAUGAGAUAAGCUGCCUCCGCGGCAGCGUUGAAGCAGCAGCGGCGCUGCAGCAGCAGCAGCUGCAGCAGGAGAAGCAGGAGCAGCAGGAGCAGCAGCAGGAACAAGAAAAAGUGCCUGUCGUUGACUCUCUAGCAGCAAUUUUCGGGCCUCCCAAACAGCGCCUGGCCUCUCCAGAACGAGAAACAAAGGCAGCAAAUUCUUGCUGCUGGCCGCAGCCGCUGCCCGUGAGGAGAAGCAGCAUCAGCAGGAGGCCUCGCAGCAAUUCGUCUUUGCCUAGCAGCAGCAGCAGCAGCAGCAACAGCAGAAGUAGCAGUUACAGGAAGCAGCAGCAGCAGCUCGCAGGCGCUGCUGCUGCAGUAGUGCGGCAUUUGCAGCAGACAGCAGCAGCAGCUGCUGCUGCUGCUGCUGCAACUUCUAGGGCCUAA